AAAUAAAUACAUUAGUCGAUAUUUAAUUAAUAAUCCCCCCAAUUCACACUUUUUCUCAAAUUUCUCAUCCUCCUAACUGAUGGAGCAUCCGCUAUACAACACCCACGUAAAACUCUUGGCCUUCGACCUCAACUCUCUCACCCAAACCUCAUUUUCAUCGGGUUCAAUCUCCUUCUCCUGCAACGGCGCUCUCCUAUCACGCGCAGAGGCCGUCGGCACUGUCACGUCUCGCGACCUCAAACCCAACAAGUUCCUCAGGUUCACCAUAGACGACGGCACCGGCUGCAUCAGCUGCAUUCUCUGGCUCAACCAGCACUCCUCCCCCUACUUCUCCCGCCGCAGCCCGCCAGAUGUUCGACUUAUUGCCCAAACCGCAUUGCGCUUCGCUGCGGAGAUUAAGCUCGGCGUGGUGGCCAGAGUGCGGAGGAAGAUCCCUAGCUACAUGGGCGUUACGCAGAAGAUGUCGUGAUCGACAGGGACCCAAUGUUUGGAGAUCUUGCAUUGGUUGGAUUGCAUAAACUUGGCGCGAAAAGUUUACGACUUCGUUCCUCAUUCAAAAUAAAUAUUUAAUUUGGUGUAACUGGUUUUGGAUUUUUGUUUGUAUAAUUAUUUAAAUUGUUUUCAA